CACAACCACAAAGCCCGGCCAAGGACUUCCCCACCCACAGCCACCCCAGAAAAGCCUCUUCCCCAGGAGCAGCACAGACCCCAGCCCAAACUGGAAACCAGAACCGGCAAGCGGCCGCAAGAGGAAAGCGAGGAAGGGGAAGCUGCGGUGCCACCACAUAAAGCUGCCACCCGGCACAACCUCCAGCACAGCGCCCACCCGCACCACCGCCGAGUCGACACGCAGCACGCUCCUGCCCAGCGCCCCGCAGGCAGCACCCACAGCCCCACCAUGCCUGCGCCCGCAACCCCACAGCCCAGCCUGGGGCGCGGCGCCCCGGCGCUCCUGCUCCUCCUGACGGCUCUCGCCACCGGCCUCGCCUGCCACCACCGGCCUGCCAGCGAUGACACCUUCCCCUGGCGCAGCCUCCAGCUCCUCCAGGCCAUGGCUCCCAGCCCCACACCGCCCUGCCACCACCAGCAGGCGCCCCUCUUCCCCGACACCCUCCUGCACAUCAGCCACCCGCAGCAAGCCGCCGCCACCGCCCUCCGCAUCCUCCAGCACCUCUUCCACACCCUCAGCAGCCCCAGCACCCCCCAGCACUGGCACAACGAGCCAAGGCACCAGCUCCUCAACAGCCUCCAGCACCGCAUCCAGCACCUCCAGCACUGCCUGCCGGACAACGCCACGCUCUUCCCGGGACAAGGGCCCCGCAACACGCUGCUCACCAUCAACAAAUACUUCCGACACAUCCAGGACUUCCUGCGCACCCACAACCACAGCGCCUGCGCCUGGGACCACGUCCGCCUCGAAGCUCGCCUCUGCUUCCAGCACCUGCACAACCUCACCCGCACCGGCCGCAAUUAGCCCAGCCACCCCACGCUCCCGCACCGCCCCGACACCGGCACCACUGG